AAUCCACUCCACUAAUAAGUUGGUUGCGAUAUAGCAUCGCGCAUUCCUAUAGAACAUAAAGCCAUACUACAUUGCAUUGCGGCUAGUGUUUGGGACGUUCCUUGCAUCCGCACUCAAUUACUGCGCACAGGCCAUAACCACAGCAAAGCGGCAGUAUCAUCAGCUGCAGCCAAACCAACCCCCCAACUCCAACAACGAACAAACACACCAGAACAUCCAAAAUGCUCAUCAUCGGCCUAACCGGCUCAAUCGCCACGGGAAAAUCAACCGUCUCCUCCAUCCUCUCCGCACCCCCGUACUCCCUCCCCAUCAUCGACACCGACAUCCUCGCCCGCAAGGUCGUCGAACCAGGCACCCCAGGCUACAAAGCCAUAGUCGAAUACUUUGGACCCAGCACCCCCGACCUCCUUCUCCCCCCAGAUGCCGACAACAACAGCAACACCAGCACAGACCCAAGCGCCGGCCGCCCCCUCAACCGCCCCGUCCUAGGCCGGCGCGUCUUCGGCACAACCGACGAGCGCAAACGAGACCGCGCCGUCCUCAACAAAAUCGUGCACCCAGCCGUGCGGAAAGAAAUCUACAAAGUCCUCGUAUACCACUACCUGCGCGGCCAAUGGGCCGUCGUGCUCGACGUCCCGCUGCUCUUCGAAGCAGGCAUGGACGUCAUGUGCGGCACCGUCAUGGUAGUAGGCGUGAAGGACCCCGCCGUGCAAAUGGCGCGGCUGCGCGCGCGCGACCCGCACCUGUCUGCCGAGGAUGCGGAGAACAGGGUGCGCAGCCAGGGCGACGUGCUGGGGAAGGUGCGGCAGGCGGAGUUUCGGGGCACGGACUCUGCGCGCGCGGUCAUCGUCUGGAAUGAUGGGGAUAGGGGGGAUUUGGAGAGGGAGGUCAGCCGGGCGAUGGGGCUGGUUAGUGGGAGGAGUCCGAGGUGGUGGGCUUGGGCUUUGCUGCUGGCGCCGCCUUUGGGGGCGAGCGUUGCGGCUUGGAAUUUGGCGCUUAAUUAUUCGGUGCAGAGGGGGUGGGAGAGGAAGGUUGGGGAGGAGAAGGCGAAAUUGUGAUUGAUAUCUUUUUUUCUGUUUUCUUUUUGUGCCUGUUUUUGUAGGGUUAUGUGCUGGGUUGGGUUUAUGGG